UCGGUUCGGUGGGUGGUCCCGCGGCCGGGAGGGCGGCGGCUGUUGAGCGGCUCCCGUGGAAAGGUCCCUGGGCGGAACGUUCUCUGUCGGAGGAGGAAAUGAGUUUAGCUCUGAGAAGUGAGCUUGUUCUUGACAAAACAAAGAGGAAAAAACGAAGAGAGCUCUCUGAAGAACAGAAGCAAGAAAUUAAAGAUGCCUUUGAGCUCUUUGAUACCGACAAAGACCACGCGAUAGAUUACCAUGAAUUGAAGGUGGCAAUGAGAGCCUUGGGUUUUGAUGUGAAGAAAGCUGAUGUACUGAAGAUUCUUAAGGAUUAUGACAGAGAAGCCACAGGCAAAAUCACCUUUGAAGACUUUAAUGAAGUUGUGACAGACUGGAUAUUGGAAAGAGACCCCCAUGAAGAGAUAUUGAAAGCGUUUAAACUGUUUGAUGAUGAUGAUUCGGGUAAAAUAAGCUUGAGGAAUCUUCGCCGUGUCGCCAGAGAAUUGGGUGAAAACAUGAGUGAUGAGGAGCUCCGAGCUAUGAUAGAAGAAUUUGAUAAAGACGGCGAUGGAGAAAUAAAUCAAGAGGAAUUCAUUGCUAUUAUGACUGGUGACAUAUAAAGGAUUAUAAGAAUCAACACCAAAAUGUUGCAGUUACCAUCUAUAUUCUACUUUUGUGACUGAAGUCCUGUUAAAAAAAAUCCAACUUAGUUCUUCAUCCAAAAGGACCAAAACUAAACAUCCUUUUAUUUACAUUUCACUGCUGUUAAGUUUCUUUGUAUGAACAAUCUUGUUAGCAUCAAUAGUUUUAACUUCAUGUUUGUAAUACAGGUUUAUAUAAAGCUUAAAAAUAUCAAAUCAUGUGUUGUAUAUUAUUUGGAAGCUUUUAAAUUUAGCUUUAGCUAAUUGCUUUUAUUUUGGUGCACAUGUUUUUUAGACAUUCAUUAAUAAAGGACUUAUUUAUUUUA